UGAAAAGUUAUGACACCAGUCCAACAAAAACUCCAUUUUUGCCGUUAAAACUCCGUUUUCUUUUUUGUCGUUUAAAACUCCAUUUAGAACUGUAUAAAAUAAAAUAAUGGAGUAAAAAAUAAAAGUGGAUUAUUCGUAUAAUUUGCGUGUUGAUAUCCUAUUAGCUCGUUGAGAAAAGCAAAUGGCAUUAACGUCGUUCUAAAACAUUUUCACCUAUUUCGUCCACACGUUACUCAAAAAACUUUAUACGGCAUAAUUAAAUUUCAAUUUUUAAUAUACUCAAUUAAUUUUAAAUUAGUCAUAAUACAAAUUAGGGCAAGUGUUUCCUUAUAUAUAGGUGCGUUUACAGGUAUGUGGUCCAAAUGUACCUUUAGACCGACCUACCAAUAGUAUCUAAUUUUUGUGUUGGAUUUGGUAAAUUAAAAUAUAUUAAUCUCUUCAAGUAUAUUAUCAUGUUAGAAUUCUCACAUUUUGAAUAAUCUUCGAGUAACCGACUUGUUCAGUUUGAAAUAGAUUAUAUUUAUAAUUUUGUUUCUUUGUUUAAAGGUUAGAUUUCUAUAAUCCCACUCUUUCUACAAACGUUCUUUGACAGCAGUUACAUUACGGAUUAAUCUAUCUAAUUAUGUAUUAGUUUUCCCGUCGCUCUCGUUGGUGAUUAGUUAAAACAUUUUUAUUUCCCACUGAACUUAUUGUAAUAAAAUAUCCCGUUACCUAUUUGAUGGUCAACCAUCGUCUUCCGGUUUUUGUUUUAAGGUCCAUUGAUCAAUUACUUAAAUAGAGCCAAUUUGAUUAAUUAAAACUAAUUUAAUUGUGUGACGCUAGUUUUUAGUGAUUAAUAAGAUUAAUUAGUUCAGCCAAACCUUCAAAUGACUCUUGUUACGUCCGCUAUCCACAAGUUGCAUUGCAUUGGCGUCAAUUUGUUUCAUAUAAAAUUUAUCUAAUUAUAUAUAUAGUGUGUGCUAAUUUUUAUGACAAAAAUGAACUAAUUCCGCUGUCGGAAAUUAACAUUUCAGUAUAUUUGGACUAUAUAUCCAUAUCCUAGACUUGGAUAUUUCCCUUUUUUUUUAAUUGAAAGAAUGGUUUGUUUCUGCACAGAGUCGAUAUCCAUCAAAUUCAUCAGUUUCAGAAGUUGAAAACACUAUUCAAAUUAUUUAAACUGAAACAUAAGGCAAUAUUAAAAAGAUAUAGAAAAUGGUAUUUAUAAAAGCGUGAAUAAUGCGCCUAUUCUUGUUUUCGUUAUUUUUUUAUGGUUCCAGUUCAUUGUCAAUUGUCAUUUAUAUAAUAUUUUUUAAUCAAAUACUAGUCAGAUAAAUAAUCAAUCUUUUGGCCGAUUGUAUGGCUGAAAGCCUGAACAUCUUAGCUGGAGCUAGACUCGUAUUGAAAAACUAUUCGUUUCUCCUAAGAAAUUGACAUUUUGACUUUUUUAAAUCACUAAAAAGAACCUUUAUAAAAUAUUAUCCUAAUAGUAUGCUGAAUCGGAUUUCGGUUGGUUUUUGGUUUGUAUUUUUGUAGUUUUUUGUAGUUUUUUUUGUUUUAGAAAAACAGUGACUAAAGUGAAAAUGAUUCGGUAAAUGAUUCCAUUUAGCAAAAUUUUAGGUUUGCUUCCGUGUAAGUUUUAAGACAAACAUAUCUUUAAUUUGCAAAAAGAAAAAGAGUUAACUAGCCCAAUAAAACAAAAGAAAAAGAAUCUAGCCGGUUUCUUUCUUUCUUUUUAUUUUGAGCAAACGGUUCUUUAUUAUAUGCUGAACUGCCGAUGUUGGUUUAUAUGAUAUAAGCUAUAAUUAUAUUGGUUCAGUUUACUCCAAUAAACCAUCAUUAUAUCUCCAAAAAUAUCAUAGAAUGAAAAAAAAAAGUUUGUUCCCAAAAUGAAGAAAAAGAUAAUCAAAGAUUAGGCUGUUAAGAGCUUAAGAGAAGUAUCCGGUACACUAACUAGUAAACCUAAUCAAAAUAACAGAUUUGGUUCAAAUAUCCAAAACCGGAAGAAACACGUGAGAGAGCAAAAAAAAAAAACAGAGAAAUAAAUCAGAUAGUCUUUAUACUUUUUUAUAACAUGUCUUCCCCAAAUUAAUCUAAAAACUAUAUAGAAAACUAUAUUAUUAAAAAAGUGACUUGCAAGUUGGAGUUUGGUUCGUGAAGGCUGUUAAAUAACAGCCAUAGAUUUAUAGCUUUUUCUUCGAACGAACCCAAACAUAAUAUCAGAGAAUUUCCAUCAUUACACCUUUUUAAUUUUAAUUUUCUUAUAAAUUCCUCCACACGUCUUCUUGCCUGACUGCCACUUUUUAUUUUGUAUCUUUCUUCUUUGUUCUUGUUCGUGUGUAGUCUUCUUGAAGCUCGCUCUGUCACUGUUAUAAAUAUCAUAACUCCGACAUCUCUUCUGUUCAUAUUCUCCUCGAAACUCCCCCAAAGAGAAAAAAAAUAUAUCAAAUCUUUGUCUCAUCGGAUAAGAUGAAAACAAGACGCGGGAAACGCACUGAACAGAGGUUUUGGCCUUCGAUUGUUAUGAAUAAAUGGCUGAACAUAAAGCCGAAGGUCUACGACUUUAGCGAAGACGAAGUAGAUACAGAGAAUGAGAGCGAAGAUGACGUAUGUUCGGUCAAAAACGUAUCUAAUGCCUGCUGCGUAGCUGAUGAAGAUAGCCAUGGCGGCCGCCAAGCUGAUCACGGCAAAAAAAUUUCAGACGGUGGUGUGAGGGGUAACCAGAGAAAACACCGGCGAGGCAAAUCGGAGACUUUGAGAGUCCAAUACAUAAACACAAAAGACAUCAGAGUGACGGUUGCCACAUGGAACGUCGCCGGGAAACGUCCCUCCGAUGAUCUUGAUAUUGACGAUUGGCUUUCUACUGAUAACCCUUCCGAUAUCUACAUCAUUGGGUUUCAAGAAGUGGUACCCUUAAACGCCGGAAACGUCUUCGGAGCAGAAGAUAGAGGUCCGAUUCCGAGAUGGGAAUCCAUAAUCCGUAGAACACUGAACAAACCCCAAAAAGAAUCAGUCAAUGAUCAAUCAUCAAGCAACAACAACGUUCUUCAUAGGUCUCAUAGCGCACCGUCGUCUCCCGUCUUAGCACAACAAGCAAACUCCAUUAUCGCUGAUGUCAUGGUCGAGAACCUUGCUGCUGACCACUCGUUAGACCUAGCUACAGAUGAGUUCAUCGAUGCUGCAACUGCUUUACCGAGUCUUGAACCAGUAGGGAAUCCAGACAUGGACUGGCCUGAACGAGCUUUAGACGAGAAUCCUCAGAUUGUUGGAUCAGAGGGGAAGCUAAGGAGAGUGUUGAGCAGCAACGCCAUGCUAGGGUUUAAGCUGCCGGAGAAUCCAACGGGAGUGAGUAGGUUUGCUUCUGACGCAAGAAACUUGAAACGGUCAAGGAGCUUUGAGACGCUAAAGCUGAGUUGGAAUGAUAUCAAAGAAGAGAAUGAUAAUACUUCCUCCUCCUCCUCCUUGUCCGAAGCCGAAGAAGCUGCGAAAGCUAUGUCUGAUGAUUCAUUGGACGGAGAGUCGUCUUCCGAUGAAGGAGACAAGAUCAGAAAUACUUAUAGCUUGUCGGAAGAUUUGGUGAAGGAGUGUCGGAAGGUGAAAGAUUGUCAAAAGUAUGUGAGAAUAGUGAGUAAGCAAAUGGUUGGGAUCUAUGUAUCCGUAUGGAUCCGACGGCGGUUAAGAAGACACGUCAACAAUUUGAAAGUUUCGCCGGUUGGAGUUGGCUUGAUGGGCUACAUGGGAAACAAGGGAUCAGUAUCGAUUAGCAUGACGUUGUAUCAAUCAAGAAUGUGUUUCGUGUGUUCGCACUUAACUUCCGGUCAAAAAGAAGGUGCUGAGCAGCGCCGGAAUGCUGACGUGUAUGAAAUCAUACGUCGUACUCGUUUCUCAUCGGUUCUUGAUACCGAUCAACCGAGAACCAUUCCAUGUCACGAUCAGGUAUUCUGGUUUGGUGAUCUGAACUACAGACUUAACAUGUCAGACAGUGAAGUAAGAAAGCUUGUCGCGCAGAAACGAUGGGAUGAGCUCAAGAACAGUGAUCAGUUGAUUAGAGAAUUACGAAGAGGGCAUGUCUUUGAUGGAUGGAGAGAAGGACCGAUCAAAUUCCCUCCUACAUAUAAAUACGAAUUUGAUUCCGAUCGUUACGCGGGAGAAAACUUGAAAGAAGGACAGAAGAAGAGAGCUCCUGCAUGGUGUGAUAGAAUAUUAUGGUUGGGAAAAGGAAUAAGACAAGAGUGUUAUAAGAGAUCGGAGAUAAGGAUGUCCGAUCAUCGGCCUGUGACUUCCAUAUUCAACGUUGGAGUUGAAGUUUUCGAUCAACGGAAACUUCAAAGAGCUCUUCACGUUAAUAACGCAGCUGCUUCUGCUGUUCAUCCUGAACCUGCUUUCUCAGUCUAAGUGUCUCGCAAACAUGUUCAUAAUUUUUAUUGCAUGGAGGAUAUUUGUUUUGAGUUUUGUUUUAUUUUUGUUCGCUAUAUAAAAGCUAACUUUUAUCUGUUUAAUUGUUGGUUCAUUCUCUUUGAUUUCCUUAUGAUGAUCUACUAUUUCUAUUUUUUUAAAAUAAAUUUGUAUGAAAGUGCUUAAA